AUGCCAAAAGUUAUGAGCCGUGUCAUCUCUCUAUGUCAACUCGAUGAUGCAAUGCGAUUUGAUUGUUGUACCAUAUGCACACCAGGCAACGAAAUUGAACCUACAUCCGCUGCACCAAUUCCGAAGACAAUUAUCACAAAGAUGUCAUGCGCGGACCACUUUCCAUGUACUCUCACAAAACCUUAUUCUCAAGAAUUUGGUACGAAUAUUGAGUGCACCUCGUCGACUGCUCUCGCAGAGCUGGCGGCUAUCGUGUUCCCCUUCGCCAGGUUCCCAACGCCUUCAUCUCAAAAGUUUCCACGAUGGUCAAUUUCACCUCGCGACAGCUCUCGCAGGUGUGUGCUCUGCCUGCCUUUAUCGGUAUCAGAAUCACCUCACGACAGCUCUCGCAGAGCUCGUGGCUGUUGUGUUCCUAUUCGUCCAGGUUCCCAACGCCUUCAUCAAGUUUCCAGCAUAGCGCGGACAUCGUGGACAAGCAUUUCAUCCACGGCGAUUAGCGGCGAUAUAGCAAAGUAA